AUGUGUAUGUCUGAGACAAAUAUAAAAUUUUCCAAAGAAUACGACACUAAAAAACGUGGUCGCAGUCCAAGUCCAAUCAGUGAUCGAGCACAACAAACUCGAAAUCAUCGAUCUAUUGGAGAAACAGAUAAAGAUCGAUCAAAGCCUUCGUUGUCUCAUCGCUCACAUUAUCAUUCAUCAGCGAAGUCACGAACGCGAUCAACAGCUCGUUCAAGAUCCCCAUCGCCUGAUUCCAGUUUAACGCGCAAACGAAAGAUUGAAAAUGAAACAACAAAACGUCCUGUAGAAAAACAACAAGAAAGUAAUGGCACUGCAGAAUUCAAAGUUCCUGCCGCUGUCAAACGUGUUCCAUUAUCAUUGGAAGAAAUGGUCGAACGUAAUCGAAAAGAACAAGAAGCAAUUGCAAAAGAUAAUUUUACACAGCACGCCGCUAAGCCAAAAUUUCUCACAAAAGAAGAACGACAAGCUGAAGCCAUGAAACGUCGUCAAGAGGAAGUUGACAAAAUUCGAAAACAUAAUGACGAUCUAAGACGAAAUAGUCAAAAUUUUAUCAAUAAAAUUGAAACUGAUCGACAUGAUGCUGAAAUACGACAGCGUGAUCGUGAAAGAGAACGUAAUGCUCAAAGGCAUCAAGAACGAGAAGGAGCUGAACCCGAUCGAGAAAGAAAUGACAGAGAUAAAGGACGUCGUGGAGGCGGAGGUGACAGUGACAAUCAUACGUCAUCAUCAAUGUCAUCGUCUACGUCUGUAAGUACAAAAGAAGUCGAUCGAAAUCGAGAAGAAGAAGCUGUAAAAGAACGGUAUUUAGGAAUAGUGAAAAAGAAACGAAAGAUUCGACGAUUGAAUGAUAGGAAAUUUGUGUUUGAUUGGGACGUUGCUGAAAAUACAGCAGUCGAUUAUAAUCCAAUUUAUAAAGAGAAACAUCAAAUGCAAUUUUUUGGUCGAGGACAAAUUGCCGGCAUCGAUAUUAAACAUCAAAAACGACAACAAUCAAUGUUUUACGGAGAACUAUUAAAUAUUAGACGAACACAAGCGGAAAAAGAUCGUGAAGUGUAA